GCCCAGGCAUCCAUCCCCCAGCUCACCCCCACCCCUUCCAGCCCCCACUCCCCUCAGGAACCCAAGGUUCCGGCCCUCCUCCCAAAUCCCAGUCACCCCUCCCCCAUCAGUUUCUCCCCGAAAGGGGAUGGAGGCUGAGAGACCCCAGGAAGAAGAUGGUGAGCAGGGACCCCCUGAAGAAGAGCUGGGCUGGCCCCCUCUGAACUCCACCAUUCGGCCUUGGCGAUCUGCUCCUCCAUCCCCUCCUCCUGGAACCCGCCACACAGCCAUGGGGCCCCGUUCGGCCUCCCUGCUUUCCCUGCAGACUGAACUCCUUCUGGACCUGGUGGCUGAGGCCCAGUCCCGCCGCUUAGAGGAGCAGAGGGCCACCUUCCGAGCCCCUCAGAAUCCUUCAAGCCUAGCUCCAGUCCCACCUCGGCCUCUCGAGGACAGAGAGCAGCUCUACAGCACCAUCCUCAGUCACCAGUGCCAGCGCAUGGAAGCCCAGCGAUCAGAGCCUCCCCUCCCACCAGGGGGGCAAGAGCUCCUGGAGUUGCUGCUGAGAGUUCAGGGUGGGGGUCGAAUGGAGGAGCAAAGAUCCCGGCCCCCCACACACACCUGCUGAGACUUGAGUCUCCAACUAGCCCCUCCUUCCUCCUGGGGCUCAAAGCUGGGCAGCCAAUGUAUGCCCUCAACCUUGCCUGGCAUGGGUACCAGAGACUGGAAGACCCAGCAGAAAUUACAGUGAUCACCACCCUCAGCACUUUCCCUGGGAACUGGAGGGGGUGAAAGUCCUCAAAUCCUGGGAAUAGGCAAGGUAGGAUGGUCAUUGAACUUCCUCAAGUAUUCUGGAGCUUGAGGCUGUAAGAGGAUCCCAGCCAUCAAUCUCAGGCAGUAACUGGGAGUCCCUGUCCUGAGCUAUCCAGCUACUAGGCAGGGUGUGAGGGCUCAGGCCUUUCCCUCUCAAGGCAAGUCUCCUAAGGUUAUCACUUGAUAGACAGCUCUACCCUCCUUCCCCAUAGGAAGAAAGGGAGGGUGGGCACAGUAUAGAAAGAUCAAGAGUAUUUUCUCAUCCCUGCCUUGAGCACCAUCUAGCACCCAACACAGAGGGCCUAGCAGCUGUGAAUGGACCUUUAGCCUGCCCACCCUCCCUCCCCACUGCUGCUGAGUUUGUCUGAUGUUUUGAUUGUAUAAAUAAAUGUAAUUCCCCUCUGGA